CUGUGAGAAAGAGAUAAUCGCACUUGCUCACCCCAAGGGUUACCUGUGACACCCUCGCAAUGACAACAGGGCCCAGCGAAAGGGGGCCACGUAAAGGGAGUUUGGAUGAUACCCUAGCCGGCAAUUUGUAAAAGUUCCCGAGAGUGUACUACUGUUUUUUUAAUGCUUUCCGUGGUUUUGGAGUUCCUUUGGAGUUACCUGGGCUGUGAUCGAUCGGAGAAUAAGCGAAGCGAGUUACUCAUCAGCUCUACAAAUCGUUGCAUGAAACAGAGAGCGGGGCCGCAAUGAGUCGGAGAACACGACGCUGGAUUUUAAGAGUUUUACUUUGUCUAGGAAUUGUUUAUUUGAAAAUUGGUGGUUUCUCGUCGGUGGUGGCCCUAGGUGCGAGUAUAAUCUGUAACAAGAUCCCCGGUUUGGCCCCCAGACAACGGAUUAUCUGCCAGAGUCGCCCCGAUGCCAUUAUCGUCAUCGGAGAGGGAGCCCAAAUGGGCAUCAACGAGUGUCAGUUUCAGUUCAAAAACGGGCGGUGGAACUGCUCUGCGCUUGGAGAGAGGACAGUCUUCGGAAAAGAGUUGAAAGUGGGCAGUAAGGAGGCUGCGUUCACCUACGCCAUCAUCGCAGCAGGGGUGGCCCAUGCCAUUACUGCCGCCUGUACACAGGGUAACCUGAGUGACUGUAGCUGUGACAAAGAGAAGCAGGGUUUCUACAGUAAAGACCAAGGCUGGAAGUGGGGAGGCUGCUCUGCAGACAUCAGCUACGGCCUGGGCUUCUCCAAAGUAUUUAUCGACGCCCGGGAAGUCAAACAAAAUGCAAGAACGCUCAUGAACCUCCAUAAUAACGAGGUGGGACGUAAGGUCCUGGAGAAGAACAUGCGACUGGAAUGCAAGUGUCAUGGUGUCUCGGGCUCCUGCACCACCAAAACCUGCUGGACUACACUUCCCAAGUUCCGCGAGCUCGGCUACAUUCUCAAGGAGAAGUAUGCCCAUGCGGUGCACGUGGAACCAGUCAAAGCCAGCCGCAACAAGCGCCCUAAAUUCCUCAAGAUCAAGAAGCCUUACUCUUACCGGAAGCCCAUGGAUACAGACCUGGUGUACAUAGACAAGUCGCCUAACUACUGUGAGGCGGACCCUGUGACGGGGAGCUUGGGGACACAGGGCAGGGUGUGUAACAAGACUAUGAUGCAGCACAUCAGCGGCUGCGACUUGAUGUGCUGCGGCCGGGGAUACAACACACACCAGUACUCCCGCGUCUGGCAGUGCAACUGCAAGUUCCUGUGGUGCUGCUAUGUCAAAUGCAACACCUGCAGCGAGAGGACAGAGGUGUACACAUGCAAAUGAGAAUAUUUAUUGGAUGGUGCGUGAAUGUGUGUGUGCGUGUGUGUGUGUGUGUGUGUGUGUGUGUUUGUGUGAUCUAUGUGAGUAUUCAUGUCUUUAUGUUUUCACGGACAAACUGGAACUGUUAAAUUUUACAAAAAAAAAGAGGCUGUUAUUGCAGUCUGUUCAUACAUAAUGAGGAACUACUGUACUGGGUAUACAGUGAGCUGAAGAUUCGGCGUCAUGAUUCUUUUGCACACAAAGCUCUUCAACCCUCUUCGUGGACUUUUGUGUUUGUUGGGGUGCAGCAUCGAAGCAAUGUGACAAAACACUGUUAAGGGAAAAGCAGCACCCUGACAAAUGAGACCGGGUGACCACAGUGUGAGUCACUGAAGCAAAAUGUCAAGACUUUAAGCUAUAUUGGACACGUACUGACAUUUUGACUGUUUAGGAAAUGGACUUUGCCAAUGCAAAUUAAUUAUGGUGGAUGUGAUUGCUGGGCAGUGCGCUCUGCUGUAGUUCUCACUCCUGGUGCACAGAUGAAAUGACACAGCCAUUUGGAAUAUUUAACAUACUGUAUUUAGAGAAUGAAAAUAAUUAAUAUUAAUUUAUUCUAUAAAAAAAAACUACUGAUUUUGUCCAUUAUGGGUCAAAAAUAACUAAAUGUUGGGAGGUUUUAGUUUAUUAAAGCAAUCAAAAACUUGUACACUGCUAACACACUGGAUUUGAAUCUGCCUGGAAUAAUGUCUUGUGUUGUAGAAUAAUAUUGUUCCAGAUGAAACUGGUGUAGGCUACUCACAUUGACCUUCUGACCCUCUCAUGAGUUUGUCUUCCCUCUGUUUGCUGCUAGUCUAGAGAAUCCCAUUUGUUGAGGUAGAAGGCUGUACGCUCUACUGACUGUCUUCAGUGGUAUUGCUCACUUCAAGCUGAUUUAGCUUAACUGGACUUAUUCACCGAUCAAAAACACGGGCACAUUUUCCACUUUUGGUAAAUAUUGGUUAAUAGAGUAUAUUUUGUAAAAGCCUAUUUUUAUAUGAAUGUCUUAUUUAUAUCUUUUGCAUAUUCAAUGUUCAAGUUCCCGACCCUGACACCUGUUUUUAAAAGCUGAUAUAUGUAAGUUGGCCCCUGCUGUC